AUUCAAUGCGGCACGAAACGACUUAUGCUGUUUGAUGGAUGAGUCGCUGUAAGGUCGAGGUUAAAUCGAUUUAGGACUCUAAAUGAAAAAAUGGCACAAUCAUCACACAGGCCGGAUAUGUUUCGCUGGAAAAGGUUUUCAAAUCCUGGAACCCAAGCAAACACCAAGGUGCGUCUGACUGAUGGGGAUAUAAACACUUGGAUGAAGAAGGUCGAGAUGGCGUCGGAGUUCGCCGUGUCUGAGGUGUUUUCAUCUCAGAAAACUCACAAUGGUAAACCGAGCCACGCUGUAGCCCUGCAAAGCACAGACCAGCUCCAGGACCAUGAUGACGCUUACAGCGAGGCUCAGACUAUUCUUAACGAUUGGAUGAACAAGAAGCUGCGCCUCGAGCUUAAAAUGGAUGAGGAUGAGGAAGAGGAAGAGCGGAAGACUGAAGAGGAACCUGCAAACAUAAACUACAGAAACUUUAAUGAUAUGUAUUCCCAGCUUGCGCCUGUAGAUGAGAGCUUUGAGGUGUGCCACUUCCUCCAAGACUUGAUGGAGACACACGUGAUGGACAGUGAGACGGUACAGGGGCUCCAUCAGGACACGGACAAUGAAAAGAAAAGAGGUCAUGAUCCGACCGUUACCAUGGAGAUCCGACACAAGCAGGUGAAGGAGCGUCGUGUGCAGAGGGAUGCAGCACGGGAGAAGCAGCGCAGGGAGCAGGAGGCUCGGAAGGAGGCGCUGGAGGAGGCUAAGCGGCUAGAGAGCGAGGAGCAGAGGAGGAAGAAACAGGACGCUCAGAGACAGGAGGAGCUUUUGCAGCAGGAAGUGGUGCGUCUGCGCAGAGAGAUGCAGGAGAAGAGGAGCAUGGAGCAACGGGCACGUCAGAGAGAACGAGAGAGGCGAGAGAAACAGAACACCGUCAAGAACCCGAUGACACCAAAACCUGAUGUUGUCACACACAGGCAGCUGUGCCACAGAGAGCAAGAAGUGGAGGCCAAGGUCCAGAUUCUCAACCUGCAGUGUAUGCAGAAGCACUUCUCCUCCUGGUACUCUGUGGUGUUAGAGAAAAGGGUGCGGCUUGGUAAAGCAGCGGCUCUCUGUGAUUGGAGGAGGCAGCUGAGGGCGUGGCGGGCAUGGAGGGCGAUGGUGUGGGUGAGGAGAAGAGAGAGGGAAGCUGAGAGGACUGAGGAGGAACUGAGGCUGGAUAACAGACGAUGUCAGCUAGCAGAGGAGAGCGAUCGAAGGCGGCUCCUGAGGCGCUGCCUGAAUGACUGGAGUUUGUGGUGCCGAACAGAGAGAGAGCGAAGGGAGCUACUCAGCCAACGAGAGGAAACCAGGCGGAAAAUGGCCGCCUUGAUCGAUGCAGCUGCUUCUGGAAAACUAACAAAAAACAACUGCACCGAACCACCAAUCACAGUCCAGCCAGAGACCGUGAACCAAUCAGAAAACACCACUCAGCUGGCCGAGGCACUGGUACAAAGAGCCACCACAGCUCCAGCUCCACCCACUGUGACUGACAGGACAGCAGCCCCGCCCACUCAGGCCUGGCAAGUUACUCGCCACCACGGUGCACUCUCUGUAGCUGAGGCUCAGGAGGGUCGGAGAUUGAGUGGCGCCCCUCGCUGUCGGAGCACAGAGUUGCGCGGCGGACGGUUUGAGCAUCGUCACGUGGCUCAGCAGAGGACCAUUGAAGAGCAAAAGCGCCGCCUUAAAGAACAACAAGAAAUUAUCUCAGAGCUGCAAGAGAGACAGAAUCUUCUGGAACUCAAACAUGAAACGGAAAAAGCUGAACAGCUUGCAAUCCAGCUCAAACUGUCAGCGUCUCCGAGUGUUAUCAAGAUGAGUCACAGAUCAAAAGGAGACUCAGGCGAAAGCGGCACCAGUCGUCUGGCCCCCAAAGAAUAUGCCAGUCGUCUGGCCAACCAUCAUCCUGCAGUACGAGCCAUGGAAGAGCGAGCUCGGCAGCGUGCGGAGCGCAGGAGGGAGGUGGAGGAGAUGAAGAGGAGGCGGGAGGAGGAGAAGCUGGCGCAGAUGAAGGCAGAGGAGGAGGAGAGACUGAGGCAGGAAGAGGAAGAGAAGCGUAUAGCGGCAGAACAGAGGAGGGAGGAGAGGAGACUGAAGAAGGAGAGGGAGAUGGAGAAGCAGAGGAGAACAGAGUUGGCACAAAAGUUGUUCCAGCAGGCAGGAGAGCAUUACAACCGAUCCCUGCUGCUACACAGAGGGAUAACACCAUGGAGGCGGCUGGUGGAGCAGAGCCAUGCCAAUGCACAGAAAGCAGUGGCGCAUCACACACAGGUCCUACAAAGACGCUGCCUUCUGUUUUGGCUCCACACAACAGGCGAGGCCCUGGCGGAGAAAAAGAGAUGUGCGGACCAACUGUACGAGUGCAUUCUGCUCCGUCGAGCCCUAUACAGCUGGAAAAUGUUUAAGAAUCUGCAGUCUCACCUGGAGGAACGAGCCGAGCACUUCUACACGACUCAGACUCAGAGGAAGGUCUUGAAGGCGCUGCUGGAUCACGCAAUCCAACAGAGGCUGGAAGCCUGGGACAGAGAGCAGCAGGCUGACAAGCACAGUGCCAGGCGAGUGGUGAGGAGAUGUUUCGCUGCUUGGCGGCAUCUGCCAGAGACGCUGCAAGAGGAAAGAAAGCGAGAGGAGCGGAGAGAGCGGCUCAGACGCAAAGUGGCUGAGAUCAUUCCGGAUUUCCGAGCUUCACCGCUGGACGCCAUAUUAAGCCUGGGGUCUAACUAGAAGACACCACCAGGCCCUUAUCUCACCCAAUAAUAUGCUGGAAU